CUCCUCGGGUUCCUUCUCCCGCACGCGUCUCGUGCAUUUCACACACGCCCCACGCCCACCUCCUUUCUCCUCCUCCUCAUCCUCCUCUCCUCCAUAAUAUACAACCCGCUCGAGGCUCCACUUCCUCUGCCUUGCUCAGCUCAGCUCUACCCUGCCCUCUGCUUUAAUUACCUAGCAGGCUAGCAUGUCCGCGUCGCCCGAGUUCUACAAGCCCUCAGCGCCGGCCUUCUCGCCGUGCGGCUCGCCGCCCCGACCAGGACUAGGAGCAGGCGGAGAAGAGGAGUACUGCUACAACUGCCGGACGCCGACGGGCAGCGGGAUCGGCUACCUCAGGGAGCCCACCACGUGCCCGCCCGCGCCAAGGAAGCCCCCGCCGCCGCCCUGCAAGAAGCGGCUUUUCCAGGGAGAGGCACAGGCACCCCUCCUCAGCCUGCGCCUCGACGAGCUGGAGCGCCUCUUCCGCCCGCAGCCGCCGCCGCAGUGCGACAAGCGCCGCCGUUCGGCCAGGCAACAGAGCAAGCUAGACAGUACGCGAUUGGAAGCCUCAAGCUAGUUAGCUAGCUUUAGCUUGCACACGUGUGGUCUUCAAGCAGUUUUAGUUUAUGUUUUUACCUGGGAUCGUUACAAGCAAGUGUACUUUGUGUUAAUGUACACUCAAUCAAUCGUGUAGGCGAAUGUUGUAAAUUAAAGUGCUACCACGUAGUGACACUCUGCUUACAUACAGUAAUUAAAGUGCUCUGUGAAAUGAAAUGAAAUGAAAAUCUUGCAGUUUAAUGAAUGCCUCCUGCUUUGGCGCUUCA